AUGACGGCCCCUCUGCGCAAUACCCAGCACGCCUCCGCCAUUGCUGCCAUCCAGGCCUCCCAAAGCACCGCGCCCGUCGCCGAGUUCCGCUGUCUCUUCACCCACGAUGUCCGCCGCAAGCAGAAGCGCUGGCAGGAUGGCUUCCUCAAGUUCCAUACCUUCAACAACCGUGUCAUGGUCUACGACCAGGCCCGCAACUUUCUCGGCGACACCUACUACAAGGACAGCGAUGAGCUGCACGAGGGCGACGAGCUGAACCUGAACAAUGGCGCUCUUGUCGAGGUUUCAGAGCCGGUGGGUGUCACGCACACGGAUCUGGCCGCUGUCCUGGGCAGGAAGGCCAAGGACCUGCCACCCGCUCCGAAUCCGCCUUCCCAGACAAAGCCCUACCAACGCCCAUUGUCAGUGGCCCCACCAACCGCGCAGAAGGCUGCCUCGCAACUGCGCCACAAAUCCCUCAAUACGCUGCUCGGGACGCCAAAGGGGCCCAUUGGCAAGGCACAGCCCAUAAAGUCACCAUACGACGCUCGCAAGGAAAAGGAAAAGGAAAAUGAGUUGGCUGGGGAGCGGGCUGCAAAGAGACAGAAGACGACUCAGGCGCCCGCAAGCUGGCGAGCGUCUAGUCCCGCACAGGAAGAGAAUGUCGAGCCAAAAGAAGCAUCGCCUAGACCAACAAAGGCUGUAGCUGCACGCAAAGCUCGACAGCCAGCGAAAUUCAUACCCCCUACGGCUACCGUCAUUACAAUAGAAGACGAACCCGAGCCCGAGCCUCACCCGGCCAUGUUCUCCGAUAUCACACUACCGGGUACGCCACCUCGAGUUACCGAUAAGAUAGAAGAGUCCAGGGCUGCUAAAACAAUUCUACCUCCUCAACCUCCUGUACAGACUCCAAGAAUUCCAAAGAGCAAGAUGCCGUUACCUGGUGUACGGGCUCUGGAGACACCCAGGCAGCCAGCUCCACCUUCCUCGCCUCCAGUGAGCGCCUCAAAUCGCUUGUCUAACAUCGAGUUUGCAUUGCAACCAGUUCAAGUACGACGCAAAGAACCGUCCCCACCACCACCGCCCUCGUCGCCUCCGGCUCGCAAGGCACGAUGCCUUCGACUGUCCACUGGAGUAAAGCGUGGGAAGUUGUUGUGCCAGGCUCUACCAGCAGAAAAUACAAAGGCCGAUAGUGGGUCUAGAGUAACUGGCACCAAGGUCAGGCGGGCAGCUUCCCGUACAGCGGAUGAGCAGUCAUUGCCUUUCAUUGCACAGGGAGACGAUGGUUCCAUCUCAGCCAAAAGACCGCCAAAGAACAAGCGAAUUCUGACAAAUGUGGAUCACGGCGCGACAAAGAGAGCAAGAGUCUCCAAGUCUCCAUCCCUACCGUCGCCCAGUCUCCAGGAAGAUCCAGAAAUCAUCCAUGGUCUUAUGGAUCAGCAGUUGUUAGUUGCUUCAUCACCUAUACGCCCUGGUUCAGCAUCUUCACGUGCCGUCGAUAGUAUCUCGGAAUCUAAACAUACUGCAGACAAAACGGCCAGCAACAUGACCGUUCAAACAAACACUCUUGAGCCUGUAGCUACUAAAUCGAAAAUAUCAUCCACUAAUGAGACAACUGCAAAAAGACCUACGAAAAAGGCACAGAAGCCCAAAGUGGCACCAAAGGUUCCGUCUCCUGUACCACCGGACCCAGUGAUCCCGGCAUCGAGAGACGUGUCUCCAGCACAUACGGAAGUUUCCGACGCACAAUCACGAACCUCAGCAACAUCUUCUCGCAAAGUACCGCUCUCCACGGGUGGCAUACUCAAGAAGACUGCUCCUCGUACCAAAAAGCCAUCAGCUUUGACAAGUCCCACGCAAAACGCUCUGCCGCUACCAGCUCAUGGUGAACCCGUGUUGCUCUCACCGCGCCCCUCACGAACCAACAAAAAAGCGCCUUUGAUGAGUACCACUGAGCUCGCUGGACUCCUUCAAAAGCCCAAGAACCUCGCCAAAGUACUCGCAGAUCCUAUUGAGGAUGGGGGAGAAACGAACCAAGCAGGCAAGUCGCCGAACCGUACCUUCCGACGUGUUCGAAGUGAGAACGAUGCACCAAUUCCUAGUAUCUCGGAAGAAUGGGAAAGGCUCAAUCUACCUAAGCCUAGCAGCCCCACUACAGAUACUGCCAAUGAGCCCACAGUGACGAGUACAGUUGCCGUAGAGAAGAAAAAGAAAAAGGAUAGCGGGCUAGGCGCACUUAUCAAGAAAACAGAUCCCCGACGUAAGUUCAAAAGAACGCAGAGUUUGCAAGUAGAUACAAAGGUGCCGCCGCCAGCUGCUGAGGAAGAAGUCGAGUUGCCGAGCCCUGUUGUGGAUUUGGAUGUUGGACCCUGGAGCACAGAAGCAGGCGAUCUUUUCGACUGGAGACCGCCGGGGGGGCAUUGA